AUGAUCCGUGUGUUCCUCCGUGAUUUAGGCAAGACGACGAUGACUCUUCCCGCAAUGGAUAAGGAGAGCCGUCGGCGGGUGCACCUCCUUGCGGACUGCUUUAAGCUCAAGAGUGACAGCAAGGGAAAUGGCACAAACCGCUUCCCUAUCUUAACGAAGACGACCCGUUCUGGAAUUAGCAUCGAAGAGGCGAAGGUGGAGAGGAUCCUACGGGCAUGCAAGGAAGCCGGACCAAACAGCACCAUUGCAGAGUUCAAUCGGGCGUACUCUAGAAAGAAGAAUGAUGGGCAGUUCAAAGGCAGCAUGUGCGACGUAGAGGGUGAGAUUGUGGGUGCUAAGGCAGCGAAAAUUGGAGAGUCGAACAUCGGCUAUAAGAUGCUCCAAAUGAUGGGAUGGUCUGAGGGAGACAAAAUUGGCUUGUCCGCUGGCGGCAUCAUCGACCCACUCACUGCUCGUAUCAAGCGCACUAAGCUUGGUUUAGGUGCUGCACUUUAA